UAACAUUUAAUCCUGCUGAUAACACCCCAGAAAAUGUACAGCAUCCUUACUGUGCACGGAAAACAGCCGCUCUAUUCUAUUCUAUUCUAUUCUAUUCUAUUCUAUUCUAUUCUAUUCUAUUCUAUUCUAUUCUAUUCUAUUCUAUUCUAUUCUGAUAUUUCAUGUUUUGUAUUAGUGUUUAUGAGCUUUUUGUCUUGUUUUAAUGCUGUUGAAAUUGCACAAAGCAGAUGUAUUGCUUAAAUGUAAUUCACUGUGAAACCUCUUAGUGAGAAAUGCUUGUUAAUUCUGCUGUCUGUUCGUCUUUUCUGUGCGUAAUGCGGGUCAAAUCUUUUAAUUGUGGGUGUUUUGCAUUCGUUUAUGAUACUAUAAGAGUGGCAGCAGCAGAAAGUGAGAGUGUAUCACACAUAUCAGUGUGUUAGUGUCUGAAAUGAGCAGCAGCUUGUGUGAGCAGGUCACGGUUGGAUCCAUGAAUUCCCUUCAGCAGAAAGAAAAACAACACAAAGAGCGCUGGAUCUGUGCUCAGUAACGCACAGCUCAAGGGCAAAAGCAGCCUCACGCACGCACGGUGUGGAUGUGCCCAUAUGGACUUACUAUGCCAGUGAUGUUAAUAUCAGAAAGUGGAGGGAAAUAAAUCCUGUUUAUUCAUGCAAACCCAGGCGGAGCUGCAUUACUAUGCGAGGGGAGUUAGACGUGGAAUGGGCGCCUGUUGGAGCAACACGGGGUUUUAAAAAGGGGGAAACGGCGCUGAAUUCUCGUUCUUAAUGCAAAGGUCUACGGGUGAUUUAGGAGGCCGUGUAACCUGAAUUAGUUGAUGAAUUUUCUAUCGAUCCUAAACAAGCCAGAUUUAUCUCUGACACGGAGCUGCUGGGUGGCGGAGCAGCAGCCGGCCAGGCCACUCUCCCACUCCCCGUUAUUAGCGAUUUAAAAAAAGAAGAGGAAAAAAGCAAAGCGCUUUGGCAAGCACGUCCCUACACACACCCAAGUAUAUACACAGAGGGUGGUGCAGGCGCCACUUCAAAUCCCCCCGAGCGCUUUCUCUCUGCUGCUUCUUUUUUCUUUAUUUUCCUAUUUGAAGUUCCAGCCAGACGCGUAAGAGGGGGAAAGGGUUCGUUUGCAAUAAGGGAGGACUUGUCGUCUGUGGCUUACUGUACUCUGUUGCAUGUGCGCGUGUCCGUGUGCGCGCACGUCUCCAUUUGGAGCGGAAUGUGUUUUCAGCGUGUUGUUAUUGUUGUGAUCCUCUGGCUGCCCACAUGUGGCGGGGAGACAUCCAGGGAGGGACGGGGCGGGAGAGGGGGAAGUAUGGAGCGCCGUGAAUGCCCACAAACUGAGGCCAUAUGAUGAUGCGCGUGCGGGGGCCGUGUAUAUGCUUAAUCCCAUUUCCUUAUCCGGGGUUCGUCCUGGAGGCGCGCCAUUGGCCAGCCGCCGUCACGUGGCUUCUUAACUUUGUUCACUUGACAGAAAAGUAGGAGGGUUCAACGGAACAGGAAUAACCGAAGAGUAAAGGGAUGAGAUAUAAAUUUUAGUUAUAUAUUUUCCGAGUAGGUGCAAUUCCACAAAAAGACUGAAAUUAAUGGCCAUGAGCUCCUAUUUGAUCAACUCCAACUAUGUGGACCCGAAGUUCCCACCGUGCGAGGAAUACUCUCAGAGCGACUAUCUGCCCAGUCACUCUCCGGACUACUACAGCUCCCAGAGGCAGGAGCCUGCUGCCUUCCAGCCGGACUCUCUCUACCACCACCACCAGCACCACGCACACCACCACAGCCACCACCAGCAGCGAGCCGAGCCGCCCUACACGCCGUGCCAGCGCGCAUCGCAGCCCGCCUCGGUGGUGAUGUCCCCCCGGGGUCACACCGUCCCUCCGACCGGGCUGCAGACCACCCCUGUCCCGGAGCAGAGCCACCGCUGCGACUCGGUAACACCGAGCCCGCCUCCGCCUCCGCCUCCGUCCUGCGGUCAAACGCCCCACAGCCAAAGUACUUCUUCCCCCACGAGCACCCGCAAGGACCCGGUAGUCUACCCGUGGAUGAAGAAAGUCCAUGUAAACAUCGUGAGCUCCAACUACACGGGGGGCGAACCGAAGCGCUCGCGGACGGCGUACACGCGCCAGCAGGUUCUGGAGCUCGAGAAGGAGUUCCACUACAACCGGUACCUGACGCGCAGGCGCAGGGUGGAGAUCGCGCACACGCUGUGCCUGUCGGAGCGGCAGAUCAAGAUCUGGUUCCAGAACCGGAGGAUGAAGUGGAAGAAGGACCACAAGCUGCCCAACACCAAGGUCCGCUCCGGGGCCAGCGGCGGCAGCACAAACUCCCCGGCUCUGAGCGGAUCCCAGACCCGCUCCUCUGGACCCCUAUAGCCCGGUACCGUGGCUGUCUGUCUCAUGUUUGCCCUCCCCGGUUCCCAAACUGAACGCCGAAGGGGCAAACACGCUUGUAACCACCGGAACCUGCACUUUGGAGCGGAAUAACGGCUUCCUGCUGUGGAGGGGGAGAUGCGGCCCUGAUCUGAUGUUACUCUAGAAUAUGACGCUCUGACGUGGGAGGGGUGGAGGGGUGGAGGGGAGAUUUCCCAUUCAGAAAAUAUGAAAUGAACAGACAGUAGGUGAAGGAGACUGAAAGAACUGAAAACGAUGCGGCUUCCUGGCUUUCAGCACCCUCUCUCUCACCCUGCUUUUUAUUUCUGUCUUUUUAUACUCCUCUCUCUCUCUCUCUCUCUCCCUUCCUCUGACGGUAGGCUGAAGAUAAUGUUCCCGCGUGUGUGUGGGUUCUUUCCUUUUCUUUUUCUAUCCAAAACUCUCUUCUCUCUUUUUUUUUUGGUGAAGAUGGAUCCUCGUUUUCAUCUUUAAUCAUGCCAAACUCGGGCCCCAUUUGUCAUGUUUACUCUGCGGGUACAAAGCAAAGGGGUGAACCGCGGCUCUGCCCAUUACCCCUCACCCCCUACACCCCCUACACCCCCUUCCUCCCCCAUCUCCAAACCGCCAACCCCCCCAUCCCGUCCGCACACACGCACGUGUAAUAAAUGGAAGUGUGGUUUGGUCCAGAGCAGUAUUCCUCCACUCUGUCCGUCCUUCGAGCUCUCUAACGUCUACUAUAACCUCCGGUAUGAUCCAAAACCACAGCGGACAGUUUCUGCUGUUUCAAGUAUAAUUGUUUCUGUUUUUGUUUAAUGACAAAAUAUAGCUUUUGAAAUUUUAAUUCUAGUUAUUUUUGAAUUCAGUGUUGAUUGUAAAAUGAUGCUGUUGUUGCUGAGAGGAGCGUCUCUGUGGUCCGUUGAUUGUUCAUGUUGUGAUGUCGUUAUACAGGGAAGCAGUGGAACAGGGUGAAGUUAAAAAUACAGAGAAAUUAAUAAACAGGGUUUAUAAAGCUGCCUAACACUAAUAACCACACCAAAAUACUGGUACAGAUAGUCCGAGAACACAUUAUAAACACAGCACUAUUGCAAUGUACUACCUAUUACCUCAGUUGUACUUAUAUAUAUUUUUAUUUUUUUUGGUCAUCUUUUUUUCUUGCUCGUUUAAUGAAGUGACAGCUUUUCGAGCUUUUAUAUUUUUUGAAAUUGUGUGACGAGUUAUUAUAAUAAUUAUUAUUAUUACUACCUGCAAUACAAUUCUUGUAUUCUUGUAUGUGGAAAGUUAAAAAAAUGUAAUUUAAUUAUAAGCAAUUGUUCUAGAAAGGGACAUUCAGAAAAAUAAGGAGCCUCUUUUUGCAUGAACUGUGUUGAUUUUAUUAUUUUUCUAUCUUUUCUCCGCACAUUAAAUGCGCGUACACUUACUUUCUCCCCUUUUUUCCUUCUCCUCCUCAUCUCUCUCUGUUCCUUCACUUUGUGACACUUUUUAGAUAUUUUAUUCUGCAAGUGUUUAUAAUUGAUGGUAUUUUAUUUACAUUCCAAAGAUGAGUUUCUCUCCUUAUUGAAGAUGAUGAUGAUGAUGAUGGUUUAGUGUUGUUGGCUCCUUUCUCUGCUCAUGCCUCCUCAGUGUCUCCCUUCCUAUUAUUUGUAAAUAGUUCAUAGAAAUUUAAAUAAAUGGCUGAAAAUGUA